UAUAUGUAAUUGCACUGUACAAAGUUUUUUUGAUAUAAAAUCACUGCAGUGGUCAAAUUUUACCAAGAACGUCAUUGUUAAACUCUUAUAAAAAAUAUAUAACUGAAAUUUCAAGAAACAAAAAAUAUUUAACAUAUAUCUUAGGACAACAACAUGGUCGGUUCUUCUUCAUCAGAAAAAUUCUGUUACUCGCCAUUUUGGGACCUACAAGUAACAUGGUAUACUAACCAGCCUGACUUUACACCAUGUUUCCAUAAUUCUAUCUUAAUUUGGAUGCCUUGUAUCUUCCUGUGGUUAUUGAUUCCUGUGGAAGUGACAAGAACCAAAAACCUUACGGGCCCUCCGUUACCAUGGACAUUGCUCACUAUUAGUAGACUACUCCUCUCCUUGGGACUUGUUGUACUGACCUCAACAGAACUGAUACUCAAAAUAAAGCUCCAAAAAGAGGGAGAAGCAGUUUAUGGGGUAGAGUUCUGCUCAGCAUACACCAAGAUUAUUACAUUUGUUUUGGUUUCGUUACUUAUAUUUAGGGAUAAAAGAUUAGGAAGAAAGUCGUCAGGUGUUUUGUUACUUUACUGGUUCUUUCUGGCUUUGGGUGGAGUUUUUACCUACAGAUCUUUUAUUUUACAAACAUUUGCAAAGGGUUAUGCUCCCCUUAGAGAGAAGGAAUACAUCAUAUUCAUGGUCUACUACCCAUUGGUUGUUAUGUCAAUGGUUCUGGCUGCUUUCAAUGACAAAGUACCCCAUCAGCUAAAUAAAAUGCUUGAG